UAGGCGCAGGCAUAGCUGUGUGGUAAGAAGCUUGCUUCCCAAUCACAUGAUUCCAGGUUCAACCCGCUGCAUGGCACCUUGGGCAAGUGUCUUCUACUAUAGCCUCAGGCCGACCAAAGCCUUGUGAGUGGAUUUGGUAGAUGGAAACUGAAAGGAGCCCAUCGUAUAUAUAUUUAUGUGUGCAUGUCUUUGUGUCUGUGCUUGUCCCCCCACCAUCACUUGAUAACCGAUGCUGGUGUGUCUAUGUCACUGUAACUUAGCAGUCCAGCAAAAAAGAUCAAUGGAAUAAGUACCAGGCUUACAAAGAAUAAGUCCUGGGGUUGAUUUCUUCUACUAAAACACUUCAAGGCAGUGCUCCAUCAUGGCCACAGUCAGAUGACUGAAACAAGUAAAAGAAUGCAUAUAUAUAUAUAUAUAUAUAUAUACAUACAUAUAUGUAUGUAUGUGUAUAUGUAUGUAUGUAUGUAUGUAUGUAUGUAUGUAGAGAGAGCGUGAGAGAAUUAAUGUGUGAAUAUCAAAAGUAUAUUGAUAUUCACCCAUUAAAAACAUCAUCAAACAUCAAUACAUUAUUACAUUGCAGUAAAUUCAAGUGAAACCAACUUGCUUGAAUUAAACUGAAUUACUUAAAACGAUCUUUUAGAAAACCAUAUUUCGUAGAAAAGGCAAGGGCUCUUUUCAGAGUUAUGCCCCUUGGCACCAUCUCUAGUGGGUGUUGUGAGGUGACAAGAGUUUUCUGGAGAAAUGUCUAUGGGAAACGUGGUAAAAUGCCCAGUGACAAUGACCGACCAGUCGUCUUGGCCCGCCGUAUUGAAACAUUUAGUGCCUGCCAUAGAUUACACAAUCCCUGUCUUAGUGAUGAAGUGAAUCAGAAGAUUUAUGGAAAAUGUAACCACAUUAAUGGCCAUGGCCACAACUAUAAAGUGGAAGUGGCACUUAAAGGUCCAGUGGAUCCAGUGACAGGAAUGGUGAUCAAUAUAGUUGAUUUGAAACAAAUAAUCAAUAAAUGUGUCAUGGAUGUUUUGGACCAUAAAAACAUAGACAAAGAUGUUCCAUACUUUAAAUAUAACCCCAGUACUGGAGAAAAUAUCGUUGUUUUUAUCUGGAACCAACUUUCUGAAGAACUGAAUCAAUAUAAUCAAGCUGACCUUCUAUUUGAAGUAAAACUACACGAAACAGAAAAAAAUGUCUUCUCUUAUUAUGGAGAAAAAACGUCAUCAAAAUGAAGAUGGCACAAUCAAAGGAGUUUAUUCUUAAAGAACAUGUUUUUGAACCUAAUUGGCUAUUCUUCAAAGGUCUGUGAGUUAUUCUAGUAACAUGGUUUGGUUGUUUAAUUCCUGUUAGUUUUAGAUAAACAAAAUAUUGAUCCAUUUUAGAAUAUUCUAUUGACAAUUGGUUGAAAAAUUGCGUUGCAUCAUUAACUAAACCACUUAUCGUUCAAUUAUCCAUUCCACUUCGUAAAUAGCUUCCAUAGUACAACUUAUCUCACAAAAAUUAACUUGCAGUGUUGAGCUCUGUGCAGGAACGUUUGCAGACUUUAUGGUGCCUCGUCUCCAGGUCUGUCAUGGAGGUGAACUCUGGUACAAAGUAACACCUUUGGGUAAAUUGUAAAGGAUAAAUAGAAAUACAAGUUGUUGCAGUGUGUAUCCUUCAUCUGUUAAUGAGAGUGACGUUUGUGCUGUCAGUGUCUCAUUCUAUAGCUUUCUAAUUAGUAGACCAACAUUUUGAUAAUGAGUAAACCAUAAAAUUUGUUUGAUUUUCGUGGUUUUCAAAUAUAAUUUUCUUAUUUUCAUGCAUCACUUAUCUCUAUGUUAUGGCUCAAGACACAAUGAUCAUCCUGCAUUCUAAUAUUGCAAAAGACCAAUCAACAGAUUCGUUACUUUUAACCCUUUGAAGCUAACAUACAUAGGAUUAGAUUCAGACUUCCUGGCUCACAAAUUAAUGAAACACUUAAUGUGUGUGUGUAUAUAUAUAUAUAUAUAUAUAUAUAUAUAUAGAAUAUAUACACACACACACACUCUGAUAUUACAGAUCUCUUUACACACCUUUAUAAAUAUCACUUCAAAUUUCUUCAACGUUAUCUCUUGUAAAUAUGAAUGUGAAAUCCAGUUUCCAAACAAAGAUAGGUUGAAUUGUCCCUCCUGGAAUAAGAAAACCAGAUUGCAAGGUGUUUGUGUAUUGGAUCAAACAGAAUCCAAGGAGACUGGUGGUUGUUUAACGCAGGCAAGACUUUUAUGACUUGGGAAAAAAAGUAACGGCAAGAGUUAAAUGAAAUUGCCAGUCACUCUUAAACCUGGAGAAAGACUCAGCCCUAAAUAUUGGAUGCUCCACUCUCCAACACCAUUCAUUUUACUCUCUCUCUCUGU